AGACAAGCAGUACCAGGAUGUGGGCGUUCCCAGACCGUAAACAACUGCGCAUGCUCGGCUCGGCUUCCACCAAAUUGGAAAAAUAUGGCGGCGCUGUUGACAACAGUAACAGAGCAGUGGAUACGAGAGAAGCAGAUGUGAGAUCACUGAGCCUCCCAGGAUCAUACAAGGAGAAAAUCAGGCAUCUGGGAAUCUCACUAAAGAACUUUGUCCGUUUGAAAACCCUGAACCUCUCCUGUAAUGCACUAAUCUCUGUCGAGGGGGUCCAACACUUGAAGAGGCUGGAGAGGCUGAACUUGUACUACAACAACAUUCCCUCCCUUCAGGAGGUCAAAGUGCUCUGGCAGCUGACUGCUCUGAGAGAGCUGGACCUGAGGCUCAACCCUCUGGCUAAAACAGAUCCACACUACCGCCUGUACUUUGUGCACGCACUGUCCAACCUUCGCAGGCUUGAUGACUGUCCAGUCAGGGACAGUGAGAGAAGAGCUUCAAUCAUGCAUUUCUCCUCAGACUCUGUGCUCCGACCCCAACAGACAAGCUCCUCGGAGACAGACAUCACUGAUCAGAGGAGCAGUAAGUUGAGGAUGGCCUCAGUAAAUCGCCUGGCCAAGAAGCUCUCUGUCCUGGAUGACAACGAUGACAUAGUGUUGAACCUUGUCGCUAAGAGCAACUGGGACCAAAGUGAACCUCUGUUCCUGACUGGCUCUUCCCACAAGGAGUCAGAGUCCCAGCUUUAUCAUCAGAUCAGAGAGGAGUCUUGUCAUUCCCAGUCCAAUGGUCAACGUUUAAGAGAAGGAUCUCGAAGGAAAGGUUCUUCCUCCUCGUUGAAAACGUCAGAGGGGCCGAGGGUAACCUUUAACCCCCGCGUAGAGAAGCACAGCGGGACUAGCUCUGGAUGGGAGGAGCGAGAGAAACUCCCCAAACACCUGAGAGUCACGGCCAAGGGCCACUUCACCCCUCACCCUGAUAAAGUUGACCAGCAGAAGUCUUCCUUGGUAAAGAUCCGCCCCCCCAGUCCAAGAAGUCCCUGUCCCAGUAGGUCUGAUGCCACCAACCCCAUCCUGCACCCUCCCAGACUGUCCUACCAUAACACCCAGCAGACAGCAGGGGGCUCCACCUCACCACAGAAACAUGCCAAGCAACAGAAGGGAAGCUAUAGGAAACCAAUGGAGAUGCUGCUGAGCCUAGUGAACAAGCACUGGACAGGGGAGAGGCCUCUGCACCAUGACAACAACUUCCUCUCUCAGGCAGUCCAGAUCCUGUCCAUGAUGGAACAAGACGUCUCCGGUGGAGAAGCCGAGGUCAGGACGUUGAGAGGGAACGUUGAAGAGCUGAAGGAGCAGGCAGAGAUACGAGACCAAGACCACAGGACAGAGACCCAUAGACUAACUACACAGCUGGAGGAAGCACACAUGUCUGUUGACAGUUUGAAUGAGCAGCUGAGGAUACUAUUGGAGGAUAACGUCUCUCUACAGAAGCAGAUGAUCAGAUUAGAAAAACAAUAUCUCAACUCUAUGAUGAAAAGUUCACCCAACACUGAGAUAUGUGAGAAACGGGCAGAGGUGGAUGAGCUGAGGAAGAAGGUAUCAGAGCUGAGGGAGAAGGUUGAGGAGGGGGAGAGAGUCAAGGAGCUGGCAGGUAUGCUGCAGGAGAACCAUAGGUCACUGCUUGCGACUAAUGAGCAUUUGCUGGGUGAUUUGGAGAGGACUGGGAGACGGCUCUGAGUAGGAGAGGGAGGGGCAGCUACACGUCACAACUACAACAACUAGAGAGAACUGGAGGAGACUAGGAGACAGCUCUGAGGAGCUACACAUCACAACUACAACAACUAGAGAGAACUGGAGGAGACUAGGAGACUGCUCUGAGGAGCUACACAUCACAACUACAACAACUAGAGAGAACUGGAGGAGACUAGGAGACGGCUCUGAGGAGCUACACGUCACAACUACAACAACUAGAGAACUGGAGGAGACUAGGAGACUGCUCUGAGGAGCUACACGUCACAACUACAACAACUAGAGAACUGGAGGAGACUAGGAGAUGGCUCUGAGGAGCUACACGUCACAACUACAACAACUAGAGAACUGGAGGAGACUAGGAGACGGCUCUGAGGAGCUACACGUCACAACUACAACAACUAGAGAGAACUGGAGGAGACUAGGAGACUGCUCUGAGGAGCUACACGUCACAACUACAACAACUAGAGAACUGGAGGAGACUAGGAGACUGCUCUGAGGAGCUACACGUCACAACUACAACAACUAGAGAGAACUGGAGGAGACUAGGAGACUGCUCUGAGGAGCUACACAUCACAACUACAACAACUAGAGAACUGGAGGAGACUAGGAGAUGGCUCUGAGGAGCUACACGUCACAACUACAACAACUAGAGAACUGGAGGAGACUAGGAGACGGCUCUGAGGAGCUACACGUCACAACUACAACAACUAGAGAGAACUGGAGGAGACUAGGAGACUGCUCUGAGGAGCUACACGUCACAACUACAACAACUAGAGAACUGGAGGAGACUAGGAGACUGCUCUGAGGAGCUACACAUCACAACUACAACAACUAGAGAACUGGAGGAGACUAGGAGACGGCUCUGAGGAGCUACACGUCACAACUACAACAACUAGAGAACUGGAGGAGACUAGGAGACUGCUCUGAGGAGCUACACAUCACAACUACAACAACUAGCAGGCCCAAAACUACAACACCAGGGCCACAUUCCGUAGGUAAACGUUAUGGAACAUUGAAAAUAGAAAUGUCAUGAAUAGAGCCAAUUCCUUACUCUACAUGAUGUCAGAGAGGAAUGUUUGUUCUACAUUUAUAUCUGAACGUUCCAGAACGUUGUCCUGCUGAACGAGCACCAGCAGCAGAUUCUCUUAUUUUAGCUCUAUAUACACUGCUGCCAGCAUUUACACUGUUCUUCUGAUGCUAUGGGAUUAAUGUUGAACAUGUAAACUUGUCUCUAACUCUGACCAAUUUGUAAGUCGCUCUGGAUAAGAGCGUCUGCUAAAUGACUUAAAUGUAAAUGUGAUCUCAUUUUUUA